AGAAUCCGACGCCGUCUCAACUCCUCAUCCAAGACAUUCCCAGUACAUCCCAACCGUCGUUCCCGCCACGUGCCGCUUUCACGGUUCGCCGCAUAAAUAUCCAUAGCGCCAAAAUCAAAAAAAGUCGGUUACACAACCUUCGACGGAAGCGGAACGAAUCGGGCCCCACUCAACCGACUUCUUGAAAUACCGUCCGGCCUGGAAACGCCGCCGUCCGUUUUAUUAAACAACGAUCCAUCUUUUACGACUUUCCGACUGCUCCCACGCCCGCUUCUUGAUAUUGUGACGUGUCAUCUUUUUGGCUCUGAAGCAGAUUGAUAACCGUAGAUUUAUCGCUGCGUUUUUUUUACUUUUUACCAAUCUUCAUCGAUCGUCCCUGAAGAUAUUGCCUUAUCGGAUCAUUUUUACGGCCUGAAUUACUGAGAGAUCCAAGUGUGAUAAAAUGAAAUGUUAUGAGCCAGACCCUGAUGUGGUUCGGUGGGGUCUCCAUCUUAUAGAUGUUUGCUCUAUCAAUGAUGGUGGUUCUCCUGUCACCAUUACUCAGUAUGACAGGGACUUGUCUCAAACUGAACUGAUUAGAGAAGGUUAUAAUGGUACUUCAUACUUACCUCAAACUGAAGUGCUUAGAGAAGGUUAUACUGGUUCUUCAUGCUUACCUCAAACUGAGUUGAACAGAGAAGAUUACUAUGUUCCAUCACAUGCUAAUGUGGAGAACGAUGAGAUAAUUGCUCAUACCCUUCAAGAGGAAUUAUCACGAAUUGCGAUUGCUGAAUCCUCAGGAUCUUCACAUGUAGAGGAAGCACAUCAGAAAGAGUCAGUUCUUUCUCAAGAUUGGCUUGGAUCUUCAAAGAGACACUGCGACUUUGUUGGUCCGAGUGGUCAAACUUUUUUGCCCCAGAUUGAAGAUGAAUCUACUCUUGAUGGUGAAGUGGGCAAAAGAUUGAACCAGUCCCAGAUGGUUGCUGUUCCUCAUGUUCCUAAAAUUAAUGGAGAAAUACCUUCAGUUGAUGAAGCUACUUCAGAUCAUCAGAGGCUGAUGGACAGGCUUGAGCUAUAUGAUCUUGUUGAGUUAAAAGUUUCAGGAGAUGGCAACUGUCAGUUCCGGUCACUGUCAGACCAAAUAUAUCGUAUUACUGACCAUCAUAAGUUUGUAAGGGAACAAGUUGUCAUGCAGCUCAAAUCCCACCCGGAGUUGUACAAGAGUUAUGUUCCUAUGGCUUAUGAUGAAUACCUACGGAAAAUGAGCAAGACGGGUGAAUGGGGCGAUCAUGUCACGUUGCAGGCUGCUGCAGAUGCGUAUGGUUUUAAGAUAUUCAUCAUCACAUCAUUCAAGGAUACAUGCUACAUCGAGAUACUUCCUCACAUGCAGAGAUCGAAGAGAACUAUUUUCUUGAGUUUCUGGGCAGAAGUACAUUAUAACUCCAUAUAUCCACGAGGAGAGUUCCCUACAGUCGAGCAAGACAAGAAGAAGAAGAAAUGGUGGUGGCUUGGGAGUAGCCGUUGGGCGACUUCCCCGACUGAAGUUUGACACAGGAAGUCCCUGUCUCUUCUCUCUGGGGAAGACUGACUGACUGCUAAGGAAAAGCUGCAUCCAUCUGAGUUGAUUGUGUAUAUUGUUAGCUAGUUUUCCCCCCUUUCUGUACAGCAAUUUUGCCUUGAUUAGUCUUUUUGCUCUCUAUUUUUAUCAUUCAAAUUCAUUGGACAAAAACCUUUUCUGCCGAAA